AUGUCCAGCACUUCCCGGCAGUACGAGCUCGUGCUCCUUGGAGCUACGGGUUACACCGGCAAGCUCACCGCAGAGCACAUCACUACCAGCCUGCCCACUGAUCUGAAGUGGGCAAUUGCUGGACGUAACGAGAAGAAGCUCGCCAACGUGGCCGAGGAAUUGAAGAAAUUGAACCCCGACAGGCCUCAACCUGAUAUCAAGGUGCUUGAGCUGAAGGGAGAGGAGCUGGAUAAUCUUGUCCAGAGUACUCGCCUCGUUAUCAGCACUGUCGGGCCGUUCAUGAAGUAUGGCACCCCAGUAGUUGAGGCGUGUGCCAAGCGCGGCACCCAUUACGUCGACUGCACCGGCGAGGUUCCCUGGGUCCACGAGAUGAUCAACAAAUAUCAUGACAUAGCAAAGGCCAACGGAGCAAUCAUGAUUCCUCAGUCUGGCGUGGACAGUGUCCCGGCCGACAUAAUCGCCUACGUCGUAGCCACGCACAUUCGCCAGACUUUGGGCCUGGGAACAGCCGAAGUCGUGGAUGCUGCCGACCUGAAGGCCAAGCCCUCCGGCGGCACGCUUCUGACUGGGUUGUCGUUGUUCGACCACUACAGCCUAGCACAGAUUGCCAAGUCGAUGAAGCCUUUCGCGCUCUCACCCGUCCAGCCUCAAUCAAGUGCUUCUUCCCAGAGCCUUGUAUCCAGGAUAUUGGGAGUACGUCAGGACAAGGACCUUGGCAUCCUUACCGAUUGGAUUGGAGCUAGGGUGGAUGGUGCCGUCGUGCACCGUAGCUGGGGCCUGCUCGAUGGUGGCAAGCUCUAUGGCCCCAGAUUCUCGUUCAGCGAGCACAUGCCUACGAAGAGUACUCUGUCUGGAGCUUUGGUGCACUUUGGCAUGGUAUUCGGCAUGAUGCUCUUAGCCCUCCCACCGGUCAGAUGGGUGGCGAAGAAGCUCGUCUAUCAACCCGGCGACGGCCCGGAGAUUGAAUCGACGAAAAACGACUACAUGUAUCACAAAGCGGUGGGCACGGCAGACAGCUCGAAGGGAGAGCGUGCUAUCGCCGAGUUCAGGUUCAAUGGUUCGAUGUAUUACUUCACCGGGUUGGCGGUGGCCGAGGCAGCUAUGGUGAUUCUGCGCGGAGGCGAGACAGAGGCAAAGAGGCAGGGCGGAGGCAUUCUUACCCCGGCGACUCUGGGCGACGAGUACGUGGAAAGGCUCAAGAAAGCCAAGAUUGAGAUCCGCGUCCAGCUGGAGUAG